UUGAGGAGGAUGUGAAUCUGGGAUCGAACUGAGAUAGAACUAGGAUCGGAUUGAGGUAGAACCAGGAGCGGAUUGAGGUAGAACCAGGAUCGAACUGAGAUAGAACCAGGAUCGGAUUGAGGUAGAACCAGGAUCGGAUUGAGAUAGAACCAGGAUAGGAUUGAGGUAGAACCAGGAUCGGAUUGAGGUAGAACCAGGAUCGGAUUGAGGUAGAACCAGGAUAGGAUUGAGGUAGAACCAGGAUCGGAUUGAGAUAGAACCAGGAUCGGAUUGAGGUAGAACCAGGAUCGGAUUGAGAUAGAACCAGGAUCGGAUUGAGGUAGAACCAGGAUCGGAUUGAGAUAGAACCAGGAUCGGAUUGAGAUAGAACCAGGAUCGGAUUGAGGUAGAACCAGGAUCGGAUUGAGAUAGAACCAGGAUCGGAUUGAGAUAGAACCAGGAUCGGACUGAGAUAGAACCAGGAUCGGAUUGAGAUAGAACCAGGAUCGGAUUGAGAUAGAACCAGGAUCGGAUUGAGAUAGAACCAGGAUCGGAUUGAGGUAGAACCAGGAUCGGACUGAGGUAGAACUAGGAUCGGAUUGAGAUAGAACCAGGAUCGGAUUGAGAUAGAACCAGGAUCGGAUUGAGGUAGAACCAGGAUCGAACUGAGAUAGAACCAGGAUCGGAUUGAGAUAGAACCAGGAUCGGAUUGAGGUAGAACCAGGAUCGGAUUGAGAUAGAACCAGGAUCGGAUUGAGAUAGAACCAGGAUCGGACUGAGGUAGAACCAGGAUCGGAUUGAGAUAGAACCAGGAUCGGAUUGAGGUAGAACCAGGAUCGGAUUGAGAUAGAACCAGGAUCGAACUGAGAUAGAACCAGGAUCGGAUUGAGGUAGAACCAGGAUCGGAUUGAGAUAGAACCAGGAUCGGAUUGAGAUAGAACCAGGAUCGGAUUGAGGUAGAACCAGGAUCGGAUUGAGGUAGAAUCAGGAUCGGAUUGAGGUAGAACCAGGAUCGGAUUGAGGUAGAACCAGGAUUGGAUUGAGAUAGAACGAGGAUCGGAUUGAGAUAGAACCAGGAUCGGAUUGAGGUAGAACCAGGAUCGGAUUGAGAUAGAACGAGGAUCGGAUUGAGAUAGAACCAGGAUCGGAUUGAGGUAGAACCAGGAUCGGAUUGAGAUAGAACCAAGAUCAGAUUGAGAUAGAAUUCGGAUCGGAGUUGAGAUAGAACCAAGAUCGGAUUGAGAUAAAACCAGGAUCGAACUGAGAUAGAACCAGGAUCGAACUGAGAUAGAACCAGGAUCGAACUGAGAUAGAACGAAGAUCGGAUUGAGAUAAAACCAGGAUCGAACUGAGAUAGAACCAGGAUCGAACUGAGAUAGAACCAGGAUCGAACUGAGAUAGAACGAAGAUCGGACUGAUUUCUAAACCCAGGACCGGAUCGUAGGUGGGGAGGCAUGGAUGAGAAUGAAGAGAAAUGUGGACAGAAGCGAGGCUGUGCGGACUGCUGCGUGCGCUGCCUGGGCGGGGUUCCCUACGCCUCGCUGCUGGCCACGGUGCUGUGCUACGCGGGGGUGGCGCUCUUCUGCGGCGGGGGCCACGAGGCGCUGUCGGGCACGCUGGCGCUGCUGCAGGCAGACUUCGGAUUCCCGCACGACCCCGACCUAAUCUUCUUCACCGUCGUGGAGGUGGUGAGGUUCGUGAUCUACGGCGUGGCGGCCGCCUUCUUCCUCUACGGGGUGCUGCUCUUCACCGAGGGGUUCUUCACCACCGCCUCCAUCCGGGACUCCUGCGGCGACUUCAAGACGUCCGCGUGCGGGCGCUGCGUCAGCGCCUGGUUCCUGGGCAUGACGUACGCGCUCGCCGUGGUGUGGCUGGCGCUGCUGGUGCUCUCAGCGCUGCCAGUGUUCGUCGCCUUCAGUGUGCAGGCCUCCUGUGACGUCAUCGCGCCCCCCCUCUUCCUGCCAGCCCCCUCCUCCUCAUCCUCAUCCUCCUCUUCAUCCACCUCCUCCUCCAACGCCACACGCGUGUGCAUCGACAUGCGCCAGUACGGGAUCAUCCCGUGGAACGUGAGCACAGGGCAGCUGUGCGACGCUCAGCUGGCCAACCUCUGCAACUCCCAGACGUUCAAGCUCACCUACAGUCUCUACAUCGUGGCCUGUGCCGGUGCUGCAGCAACUGUCAUCGCCAUGGUGCACUACCUGCUGGCGCUCUCCGCCAACUGGGCGGCUGUAGGCGCCCUGCGCCGCCUGGGCCACGAGGCGGCGCUGGGCUCCCGCGAGCAGCAGCAGCAGCAGGAGCCGCGGGACGUGGAGUCGGCACGCUCCAAGGAGCGACUCAACGCCUACGCCUAGACCCCCCCCCCCU